AUGGGCGAAAGUCUCACCGUCCGGCUCUUUGUACGCACACAGACGUACGACAUCCCGUGUGACCCGCGCCAGGCUGCCAAGUGGCUCUUGGUUCAAGCCAAGACGAUCCAGCGCUCGAGUCAGAAACAGCUGCCACCAGAAGAGGAGCUCGAGGUCCUGUACAACCGCACGACGCGGCAGGUGAUCGACCUGGAGGACUCUAUUGGGAGCAGUAUCGCUGCUAUGGACGUGGUCGAUGCCCGCACUUCACUGCAGACGUCCGACCCGUCGUACAAUAGCGCCAUGUUCCCGUGGCUUCGGUCCAAACCAGAUGGAGCUCACCAGCUCUCGGGGUCGGACAAGAUCGACUCGACCAAUGGACUCUUUUUCCAGCAGCUCUAUGCUUUUGCACUCAUUGGCAAGCGCGCGCCUGUGUCGGCUGCUCAAUCCAAGCAGAAACAAGCUCAAGAUGCAUUCCUGUCGCUCGUGCACACUUAUGUCACGGGCAACUAUAACCAGGAGAACGGGUCACGACGGCCGCAGACAAUGAACUCAGCUGGACACGGACGAUAUCCUGCACCAGCUCAUGGCACCGGAGGUCGCUCGACGAGCGCUUCAGCUGCAUAUGCUGCAGUGUCCAGAGAGAGCCGUGACACGGGCGGACGACGAAUGACGGUCCCGUCGUCGCCUGUGUAUCCUCCGGAGCACGACCCAAGUGGCUUUUCCGACUCUGGUUCGGACAGUAGUGUGGAAGACUUGUCGGCAUACCCGACGCGGUCUUCGCUUACGAACGGAUAUGGUGGACCUCAUCGACUUCGUGCUCCUUCGAGUCCUUCUCCGGCUACAGCGACUUUGUCCCCGGCACUAUCCAGCGCUCAGAGUGCAAUGGAAGGAAUCGAGAAUGUGUUUGACAUUGUAUUCAAACAGCAAGCUAUUGGAAUGAAACUUGGUGCGGAUGAGAGCAAGCAAUAUGCGGUUGUGAAGGAGUGCUUUGACGGGUCCGAGGCGAAGCGGUACCCUGAAAUCCAGAAUGGCGUGGUCAUCCUGGCAGUCAAUGGACAAGAGGUGGGUGGCCUUGGACUAUCCCGCGUGCUGUAUCGACUACGCGAGGCUCCGCGCCCAGUGGUUGUUCGCUUCGGCCGCAUGUCGAAUCACCAAUUACGAGAGCGACGCAAAGGCCGUGGUCCAUGGUAA